AGGAAGCCGGAAGCGGCAGCUGUCCGCAGCACCGACUAGGGGCGGAGAGGUGGAGGGCUGCGCCUUGGGGUUCGUGAACCCCGCGAUGGACCCGGACCGGACAGUCGCGCGACGGAGGUCAUCGUUGCUGCUGCUGCGGUUGCUGCUGUGGUCGGGGCUGGCUCUGGGCACCUUCUCCUUGGGCAGCAGUCCCCACCGGGUCCUCCACGACCUCCUGUCGGAGGAGCAGUUGCUGAAGGUGGAGGACUUAUCCCUGGCUCUACUGCAGGGCGGAAGGAUGGGGCCACUGUCACUACCCCCAGACUUGCCGGAUCUGGAUCCCGAGUGCCGGGAGCUGCUGCUGGACUUCGCCAACAGCAGCGCAGAGCUGACCGGGUGUCUAGUGCGCGGCGCCCGGCCGGUGCGCCUCUGUCAGACCUGCUAUCCCCUCUUCCAACAGGUCGCCAGCAAGAUGGACAACAUCAGCCGAGCCGUGGGGAAUUCCUCAGAGAGUCAUAGUUGUGCCAGAAGUCUCUUAAUGGCAGAUAGAAUGCAGAUAGUUGUGAUUCUGUCUGAGUUUUUCAAUUCCACAUGGCAGAAGGCAAAUUGUGCAAAUUGUUUAACGAACAAAAGUGAAGAAUUAUCAAAUAGCACAGUAUACUUCCUGAAUCUGUUUAAUCACACCUUGACCUGCUUUGAGAAUAACCUUCAGGGGAGCGCACACAGUCUUCUUCAGUUAAGAAAUUAUUCGGAAGUAUGCAAAAACUGUCGUGACGCAUACAAAACUCUGAGUAGUCUGUACAGUGAAAUGCAAAAAAUGAAUGAACUUGAAAAUAAGGCUGAAUCUGGAACACACUUAUGCAUUGAUGUGGAAGAUGCAAUGAAUAUUACUCGAAAACUUUGGAGUCGAACUUUCAACUGUUCAGUCCCUUGCAGUGACACAGUGCCUGUAAUUGCUGUUUCUGUGUUCAUUCUCUUUCUACCUGUUGUCUUCUACCUUAGUAGUUUUCUUCACUCAGAGCAAAAGAAACGCAAACUCAUUCUACCCAAACGUCUCAAGUCCAGUACCAGCUUUGCAAACAUUCACGAAAAUUCACACUGAAACCUACAGAAUGGAGAAUUGAUAUCAUAUCCCAUGGAUGAAUGGUGGAAGACACAGCUUGGUCCAAAAGAAGAUAAACCGUGAUUUGACAAGUCAAGUUCUUAAGAAAUGCAAGGACUUCAGAUUUAUUUUUAAAUAAGAAUUUUCAAUUUUUCUUUGCUGGUCCACCCCCUU